AUUCGGGAAAAGAAAGGUCCGCCAUGGAGAAAAGUCAUCACCGAACCAUCGCCGUUCUCAUAGGUCUUGUUAUCGUCUCCAACCACCGCCCAAUUAAGCCCGGGAACAAGAAUAGCCAGUGGUGCUGAAAAAAAUCUCUCACAAUGGCAUCCCUCGCUCUCUCACGCCAUCUCAUCCCCUUCGCUCUAUUCCUUCUUACCCUCACUAUCCCGGCAACGGCUCAAACCUAUGCUCAAACCUAUGCCAACCUGAGCCGGGGCACCUCCCUGACCCCCCUUGGCCGGGCCACCUCCUGGCCCUCCCCCUCCGGCGACUUCGCCUUCGGCUUUCGACGCCUCGACUCCAACGCCUCCCUCUUCAUCCUCGCCAUCUGGUUCAACUCCACCUCCCCCCAGACCAUCGUUUGGUUCGCCAACGGCGACACCCCCGUGCAGGCCGGGUCCAAGCUCGAGCUCACCUCCGAUGGCCAGCUCUCGCUCACCGACCAGACCGGCAACGAGAUCUGGAACCCCGGAGUCAGUAACGCCUCCUACGCUGCCCUCCUCGACACCGGCAACCUCAUCCUCUCCUCCCCCAGCUUCUCCUCCCCUCUAUGGCAGAGCUUCAGCUUGCCGGCCGACACCCUCCUCCCGGGCCAAGUCCUGACCCCGGGGCUCAGCCUCUUCUCCCGCUUCAUGGACUCCAACUUCUCCACAGGCCGGUUCGCUCUCGCGGCGCAGACAGACGGCAACCUGGUGCUCUACCCGGUGGCGCCGCUGCCCUCCAGAAACUUCUACGACGCCUACUGGGCCACCGACACCAUGGGCUCCGGCUCCAACUCCCGGCUCGUCUUCAGCACGUCCGGCGACCUCUACUACGCUCUAACCAACGGUACUCAAAUCAAUAUAACCUCCAACGGCACCUAUUCGACCGAAGAUUUCUACCAGAGGGCGACGCUCGACGUCGACGGCGUCUUCACGGUUUACGUCUACCCGAAGAAGGAAUCAGAAAAGGCGAUAUGGGGGGACAAAUGGACGGCCGUGGACGUCAUUCCUUCAGACAUUUGCACGAGAGUUCUGACCGACGUCGGGAGCGGCGCAUGUGGAUUCAAUAGCUUCUGUGUGUUGGACGAGAAUAAGAGGCCCGACUGCCGGUGCCCAUCGAGCUAUUUGUUCAUGGAUUCCGCCAUGAAAUUUAAAGGCUGCAAGCCAGACUUUGAGUUGCAGAGCUGCGAGCUAGAUGAAUCGGAUUCGUUCAAACUGGAGACGGUGUCCGGUGUCGACUGGCCAAAGGCGGACUAUGAGCAUUACACACAGGUGGAUGAAGAGAACUGCCGAUCAUUCUGUUUGAGCGAUUGCUUGUGCGCGGUCGCGGUCUAUAGGAACGGAGAGUGUUGGAAGAAGAAGCUGCCUCUGUCGAAUGGGAGGACGGGAAAUGUCGGAGGGAAGCUGCUCAUCAAAGUGCCCAAAUAUAAUGCCUCCUUUCCUCCGCCUCCAGGUACAGUUGGAGCCAUGGAAAGAAAUGAUCGAAGCACUUUGAUUCUCGUCGAAUCGUUGCUUCUGGGAAGCUCUGGGCUUCUCAAUUUGAUCUUGAUUACUGCAAUCUUUGCUAUGGUAUACUGCUGCCACAGUAGGAGUUUGAUGAAGCACAAUCAGGACACGACCAUGCUGGGGUUAAACCUAAGGAUCUUCACUUACAAGGAGCUUGAAGAGGCUACCAAAGGGUUCAGCGAGGAACUGGGAAGUGGAUCUUUCGGAGCAGUCUACAAGGGGUUGCUGCUGGCAUCAGACGCCAGAACUUCGAUUGCAGUGAAGCAACUACAUAAAACGUUGCAUGAGGACAGCGAGAAGGAAUUUACCAACGAGGUGAGAUCGAUCGGCCAGACUCACCACAAGAAUUUGGUUAGAUUGUUUGGUUUCUGCAACGAAGGAACUCAUCGGAUUCUGGUGUACGAAUACAUGUGCAAUGGGUCACUCACCAGCUUCCUGUUUGGGAGUGAGAGGCCGAGUUGGAUUAAACGAGUGCAGGUUGCCACGGGGAUUGCGAGGGGACUUGCUUACUUGCAUGAUGAGUGCAGCACGCAGAUCAUCCACUGCGAUAUAAAGCCUCAGAACAUACUUCUGGAUGAGAAUUUCGUUGCCAGGAUAUCAGAUUUUGGGCUGGCCAAGCUUCUAAGAACCGACCAGUCUCGAACGAGUACGGGCAUAAGGGGUACAAGAGGAUAUGUCGCACCUGAGUGGUUUAGAAAUACGGCGAUCACAGCGAAGGUGGAUGUGUACAGCUUUGGGGUCAUGUUGCUGGAGAUCAUAUGCUGCAGGAAGAACCUGGAAGCAGAGGCCGGGGACGAGGACAGAGCGGUGCUGGUAUAUUGGGCUUAUGACUGCUACAGAGAAGGGAAUCUGGAACUUUUGGCAGGCAAUGAUGAAGAGGCGAUGGCUGACAUGGGGAUGUUUGAGACGCUUGUGAUGGUGGCCAUUUGGUGCAUCCAGGAGGAGCCAUCGCUGAGGCCUUCAAUGAAGAAGGUAAAUCAGAUGCUAGAAGGAGCAGUUAUGGUUUCAGUUCCCCCAGACCCUUCAUCGCAUAUUACUCCAAUCAGAUAAGCAUUUAACUUCUCUGUUUUCGUUUUUUGGCCUACGUCCCCUGCUUGCUCUUAAGAACCUCAAAGGCCACCUUUGAUUAUUGCAAUUCUAAGAGUCAUGUAUUACGUUAGUAAAAGGCAGACUACAGCACCAAAUAGUGGUGUCACUUAUAGUCUCCAAAGACACUGAUGGCUUCUAGUUCUAGUCUCCAAAGAUUGGAAUCUUAAUGCAAAUUCGCCAUAAAUUGAGACCGAGAAGCAGAGAUAAGUGUUGAAGGAGCCCUCGCUUACAUUCUCAUGCACACGAGGGUAGCAGGACUGUAAUCUAACGAGUUAGGAAAAGAUUGCCCUACUAAAAAUUAUUCUUAUUUAUUUCCUGUUUGUGCAUUGAAUUUGGAAUUAGUGGAAGAUUCUUCCUCAUUUUAUCCACACUUGUACUCUCUCUUUUGUUUUUGUUUUUUUCUGGUUACACCGGAGUUCAUACUAGUCUCGUAUGAGCACUACCAUUUGAGUCACUGGACAAAAUGCUAUACAAAGAUAGCGGAACAGGUGCAAAGCGGAUUUAUAGAAUAUCACCAGAAUAAUGGACAAGUGACCUAAUCAGCAGCUCUAUUUGACUUUCAGAACACGUGCACAACUUCGGAGACUUCACACUCCAUCAGUAGCCGCCUGAUGUCCUGUAGAUGCGUGUGGUCCUUAAUUAAUAACGGACCGGAUCUAUGUGAGGAUUGAGCAUGCAGAGACCUAGAUGGUGGUGACCCUCAUGGAAUGUUUUAUUUGGUUGGUAAGAUAAGAUGGAUGGAAUUUACCAAAAAAUAUAAGAUGUAUGUUGUCUUUGGUAUAUCGCUCGGUAGGAAUUCUUUUUUCUCUGUAUAAAGUACAAUCCUUAUGGAAUGUUUCAUUGGCUUCACUA